CCUGCAGAUUCAAAUCGUACUUGUACCCUUACCUGUCCCGUCUGGUCUGGAGAGAGCUUCGUUUCGUUUCUUUCUCUCUUUUCCUUGACGGCUCGUCUCGACUGACUGCUUCGCUCGUUUGCAUCUCUCGCGCCAUCAGCGUCCUUGCCGCGAGUGAUCUGGACACAGCACCAUCAUAGACAGCGCAGUCCUUCGUUGCCUCAAGCGCAUCGUAUCACAUUCUCGACACCGUAUCUCACCUCUUCUUCUCUUCUUACCUGCCCUCCCGCUCUUCCUCUUCUCGCGUUGCUCUCGCGCCCAAUGGCUGCCACUUACAAGCAGUUCCUGGCCUCGCCCAGCUCGUCCCUGCUGGCCAACAAUGCCUCUCUUCACUAUGUGACCACGCUCACGUCCUUCGUUGGCGCCACCGAGAUCAUCAAGCACCUCAACACCUUGCAGAAGCAGGUCAAGAAGAAGCAGGAGGACGUCCUCAGCCUGAUUGACGGCCAAAAUGUCAUCGCUGUCGAAGUUGAUACUUGUAUCGAGUUCGUCACCAGCGGCGGGGCCUACCUGCCAGGUCUAGACGACAACUUCCUCUCCGAUCGCGAGGCUUUUCUGCCCAUUAUGCAUAUUGUGUCGUUCGAUGACGAUGGCAAGAUUGUCCAAAUCCGCCAGCAGUGGGACCAAGGUUCGCUUCUCAAGCAGAUGGAGAUCAUCGGAAAAAGCGGACGCAACUGGCCUAUCAGGGAUGGCAAGGAGCAGGUCAGACUGAUUGAAUCUUGUGUCAAGUCGUCCGGUUUUGCAGCCCCUGCUCAAGCUUCAGCUCCAGCUCAAAGCAGCAACGGCCAUAACAAGAACCGCAACAGCUCGACCAACAUUAUGCGCGACCCUCAUGCUUCUCUGCAUCUCUUUGGUUCCAGAGAAGAAGCUGAGAAUGCCGAGCCUGCGGGUGUUGUCUCUCCCUAUGCCGGCGCAAAGCCCAAGCAGCGUGCCUUUACCGACAUUUUGACCGACGAACCCCAGCACUGGGAUGACCACCAAAGACGCUCGAUGUCGCCCCACAAGAUGAAUGCCGGCAAGAAUGUCCAACCCAUUCGCAUUUUUGAAGGACAGCAACACCCCGAGGAUGACUCUGAGGAUGAUGAAAAGCCUGAGAGAUACAUUCGCGCCCACCCGGCGAAAUACCAGCACUUCGCCUUGGCUGAUGGCUCUGAAGAGAGUGAAGGCACCCAAGCGAGCCAAGUCAGUUCGACAAAGCCCGCCGCUAAGGCCCCGAGACCCAAGUCUAAGCAUGACAGCACUUGGUCCUUUGACGACUUCACCACCCCUGUCAAGUCGAAACCCGGCCGUGGUCAAGGAACUAACCCCGAUGCGCGCAACUGGGAUGCAGGGGAGACUUCUGAGCCAGUCAAGGCCCCGGUUGGAAAGGCCCGACGCGAUGCUGAGACCCAUUUCGAGUUGCAGGAUGACGGUGAACUUCCCCCCGAAGAGCGACGCAUCGCCAUUAGGACCAGAGGCGCGGUUCGCAACGAGAACGCCAAGAACAAUGUCUUUGAACGGGAAGCGGAAGAUCCCUCCAACCGUCCCCUUGGCAACAUCACCAAUGUCAGCAAGGACCGGGGCAAGGAUUUUGACCCUCACUUCACCAUGACGGACGAUGCUCCCGCUCCCGCUGCGGAGCGCCAGCCCGUUCCCGAGCACCGCCAGAAGGCCGUCAAGACGAUGAACGCGAACUGGUCCCUUACGGACGAAUCACCCGCCGUGCAGAAGGAAAACAAGCCAGUCGGCAAGUCGCCGCAGCCCGAUACCAAGAUUCACAUUGCCGGCGACGGCAUGGGAGGCAAGAAGGGUGCCCAGCGAGACUUUUUGUACGGAGGCGAGGACCCAACCAGCUCCAAGAUUCACAUUGCCGGCGAUGGCAUGGGAGGCAGGCAGGGCACCCGCAGGGACUUUUUGUUUGGGGGCGACGAGGAGCCUGAGCCGCCCAAGCAAAUUUCUCGGAAAGGAGGAGCCCCCCAGGGCGCGCAGAGGAGCAACUUCUGGAACUAGUAAAUCAUACAUUUCAUUUUCUUGAUUCUGCGACAAAGAUUGUUACUGUUUCCCCCCUUGUUUUCCUUUUUAAAGUUGUUAGAGUGGAGAGAGAGUGCGUUUGAUGGAAGAAAGAGAAACAAAAGAGUUUGCGAUACCCUGGGCGCUAGUAUGUAUGAUUUAAUGCCCUGCAGGACGCAGCU